UCUUGCGUCCUGGUCUCUCCUACAAGUGGAAACAUCAUCUCCAGGUCCACUGUAUCCAGGCCUGUCAUUAUUCUUUAAGUUUCAAUGAGAUUGAGGAAUAUAACUCGCUGCUUGUGAACGCAAAUGCGGCAGAGUUGACAGAAAGGCAAACUUGUGACCAGCAUUAAAAUGGUUGAAUCUAUCUUCAACAACAGAUAAAUGAGGGUUUCAGCAGCAGAUUACACUGCAAUGAGACAAGGCCAGAUUAUAUUAUGGAAGCAGAGACAGGCAGUCUUUGUGGGGCACAGACAUGAGGUCAGAAGCUCACUUGAGGAUCAAGUGCAAGACCAAUAGUGUAAAAAUGUCAGUUUAUUUUCAACCUCUUGCCAGGGAGAGGCACAGAGUUGAUAGUUAGGAAAUGGAGUUGGAGCAGGAACUGAUACUUGCUUCUUUUUGCUAUUUAAGGUGUUAAUUAGUCAACAGGAAGAGAAUCAGAAACCAUUGGGCAAGAGACUGGUACCAGGUUAAUUGAAAGAGAGAAAGAAGGGGUUUAGAAUAGGAGGAUUUAUAGACAGGAAACUCAAACAUCGUACCAAGGCCUGACAGAGUCACUCAAUUCACCAGCGACCGGAAUAUCAUUGCCUUUGAAUGCAGAAAGUGGAAUUUUUCCGUUCUGUCUGAAGGAAAAGGGGUCAAAUGUCAGUGUGACUGGAAAGCACCAAGACACGUGCAUACACCCAAGUGAGUGUCCCAGUGAACGGACUGUGGAAAGAGCUUUAACCAGUCACGCAGGUUGAGAGAGUGUGUUCCAUUGCUGACUGUGGACCUUUUAACCAGUUACACAGCAGGCGUAAACCAUAGAGUUGCCUAUGUAACAGUCUUCAAUCUAAUCUGUAGAUUCACAAGGACCUCCACGAUAUGGAGAAACCCUGGAAAUGUGGGGACUGUGGGAAGGGUUUCGGAACCCCAUCUGAGCUGGAAACCCAUCGGCGCGUUCACACAGGGGAGAGACCUUUCACUUGCCCAGAGUGUCGUAAAGGAUUUACCCGCUCAUCCAACUUGCUGCAACAUCAGCGGGUUCACACCGAUGAGAAUCCCUUCAUCUGCACUCACUGUGGAAAGAGUUUCAGGCAUUCAGGCAGCCUCAUCGCACACCAGCGCGUUCACACCAAUGAGAAGCCCUUCAUCUGCGCUCACUGUGGCAAGAGUUUCAGACAUUCAGGCAGCCUCACUGCACACCAGCGAGUUCACACUGGGGAGAGGCCAUUCAGUUGCCCCGAGUGUGGGAAGGGAUUCACUCAGUUGUCAGCUCUCAUUUCACACCAGCGAGUUCACACUGGGGAGAGGCCAUUCACCUGCUCUGAAUGUGGGAAAGCAUUCACUCAAUUAUCCACACUCAUUUCACACCAACGGCUUCACACUGGGGAGAGGCCAUUCAUGUGCCCUGAGUGUGGGAAGGGGUUCUCGCGGUCUUCCCACCUGCUGUCGCACCAGCGAGUUCACACUGAUGAGAAGCCCUUCAUCUGCACGCUCUGUGGAAAGAGUUUCAGGUAUACUUGCAGCCUCACUGAACACCAGCGAGUUCACACUGGGGAGAGGCCGUUUACCUGCCCUGUGUGUGGGAAGGGAUUCACUCAGUUAUCCACGCUCGUUUCACACCAGCGCGUUCACACUGGGGAGAGGCCAUUCACCUGCUCUGUGUGUGGGAAGGGAUUCACUCAAUCUGCGAACCUGGUGGUCCACCAGAGAGUUCACAACUGAGCCCAGGGAUUGGUGUCUGCUGUAACUGUUACUGUUAAUCAUACCCAUGACUGAACAAUAUCGAUUCUGAAAGUGAGGGGUCCAUUUCUGCUGAUUUUAAUGGUCCCUGUGUAAUAUUCUGGAUCUGUAGCUGAUUGUCUUCCUGGGGCUGAAAUGUCCCUUUGAGAACUUUUGUCUGUGAUCUUUCCCCAUAGUUCAGGAUCUCUCAUCAGAAUGUAGUUUAGAAUAAUGCCAGGAACUAUUACUACAGUCCUAAAUUGAUCUUUCUUAUGAAUGCCACGAUUCAGCAUCUGAAAAGUUUCACUCAUCAACAUCUCCAUGAGAAAUUGCUGAUGAAUCCUUACUGACAAUUCUUGUUGGUUUGGACAUUCCACACAGCAGUACCUCCAUUAUCCAUCGGAAGGGAAAGGUAUUGGGAAUUCAGGAGGAAUUGAGAGUCUCCAGUGUUACUGUCCCAAGUGUUGAAGAAAUAUCCCUUGGCACAGGAAUGGAGAUGACUUCAAUCCCAGCAAUGGACUGUUAAAAAUCAGUAUCUAUGAAACUUACAGGAUCAUUAGAAAUGUACUGAAUCUUAUUUGGAUAGACCUCUUUCUCUCAGUCUUUUACAUCGAUGAGGAAAGAUUUUGCAGCAUCUUUCUAGCUGACAGCCACAGGGCAGGCAUGUUAUCUUUGCCCAGGAUAUGUAUCGAGAAAGAUACAAGACGUUUCCAACCCAGAUAAAGAUUGGCUUUAAUGUCCUACACACAAACCCGCUGCAUAAAGGUUACAAUAACUGUUGAGGGGAACAUAAUCACUUUGAACAGAGAAGACAUUUGGAAUUUAUCCUCAUUGGCUUCAAUGGCUGCCAUCCAUUAACCAUUUGGAGGAGAUGCUGUCGUCGGCUCCAGAGACUAGUUCUCACUCUGCAAUCCUCCCUUCCGCGAUCAUUCUCACUGUCACGGGCUGUAUAUAUUUCCUGUCUGUUUAGUUCAUGCUUCAUAUUUCAGUUGUUGCAUCUGAACUAAAUGUUUCAAGAUCAGGUAUGAACUCAACUGCUCCACCCCAUUUCUGGACUAUUUGCAACUCAAGUAUCAAAGAUCUCACUGCCCACAGUGUGCAGUGCUAGUGGCCUUUUUAUCAAAGUGACACUGGAGAGAAAUAUGUGGGUUUUCAGAAGAUGAAAGGAUUGACAGGCUAGAUCUCGAAUUGCUGACUGAGAGAGUGAUGUCACAGAGGUCUUUAAACUUAUGGUAGAAUGAACAAAGAGAGAAUCUGUUCUGUUGUGGGCGAGAACAUAACUAGAGACCAUCAAAAUUAGAUAGCCAAGAAGAAGUACAGUAGAGAAUGAAGAAGAAACUUUCUUCGCUGAAAUAAGUGUAGGAGUGUAAAACUCACCACCACAGGGAGUGGUUGAAGUGAAUAGUCCUGACCCUUUGUGGGAGACUAGACAAAUAAAGAAAGGAGAGGGGAUUAUGAUGUUGAGAGAGUAGAUUUUGAUUUAGGAUGAUGGGAGGACGCUGAAGUGGAGCAUAAAUGCGUCACAGGCUGUUUGGGUUUCACACCAUGGUGGACUGUAUACCCUGUGUAAGGUUUCAACUGAUUAAUAUUAAUAUACAAAUAUGUGUAUCCUAUAUAAAUAUGAGUGAGGUGUCAAUGACUGAAGAGUGGCUAAUGUGCUUUUACUUACGAAGGGAUGUAAGGAGAAACAUGUGAACUAUUGACCUAUGAGUCUGACUUUGGCGGUGGAUAAGUUGUUGGAAGGGAUUCUGAAAGAUAGGAUUUAUGCGCAUUUGGAGAAGCAAGGAAUGAUUAGGAACAGUCAGCAUAGUUUUGUACAGGGGAAUCGUGUCUCACAAAGAUAAUUCAGUUUUUUUGAGGACGUAAACAAGAAGAUUGAGGGCAGAAUGGUAGACAUUGUUUACUUGGACUUCAGUAAAGCCUUUGACAAGUUUCCACAGAGCAGACUAAUUAGUAACAUUAACUGUAACAUUAGUAACAUGGGAUUCAGGGUGAGCUCCCAAUUAGAUACAAAAUUAGCUUGAUGACAGGAGACAGAGAUUGAUGUUGGAGGGUUGUUUUUCAGACUCGAGGCCUGUGACCAGUGGUGUUUCACAGGGAUUGGUGCUGUGUCCAAUUUUGUUUGUCAUUUAUAGAAAUGAUUUAGAGGAGAAUAUAGAAAAACUUGGUUAGUAGGUUUGCAAAUCACCGCAAGAUUGGUGUGACAGUGGACAGUGAAGAAGGUUCUGUAAAAUUACAGGAGAUCUUGUCAGUGAGCUGAAGAGUGGCAAAUGGGGUUUAAUUUGGUUAAAUGUGAGGUAUUACAUUUUGCUAAAACAAACAAAGAAUUGUGAGAAACAGUCCCUGCUCACAAAUUCAGCCUGAGACAAAGCCUUGGAAACAAGACAAUUUUAUUCUGUACGAUCCUGCAAGAAAGAGUGUCUGCUAGACAGGCACACCCUACAAAGCAUGUUCAACAUUCUUAUACAAUUUACGAGUUGCAGAAUCACACCUCCCUGCUCCCAUUGGUCUUAUCCUAUCAUUCCCCAUCCCAUCGGACAGCCCUUGUUUAUUGUUCCCUUUUCUGUCGGCCGAAGGCCCCGUUCCCUUGUUUACUGCAAUCCUUAUUUGGCUAUCCUAAAGAGCACUAGACAUGCUGUACGUGCGAAUCUUCAGGUUUGCAGAAAUAAGCCUCUGCUACAAUACCCUUAUCUCUACCAUGUCCUUGUCUGCAGAAAGAAUGUUUCUGGUCGUGCUAACUGCCAUCUUUGCAGAACCUAAUCUCUGGUUAAUGAUAUACUUCUGCUCCAAAAUCUUGUGAAUUUCUGCUUUUGCAAGACCCCACCAUUCAUCCUUACCUGCAGAAACAACAUGUUUCAUUUCUCACAAUUCCCACUUUUUCUUUUUCUCAAACUGUUGUUUCUGCACUAGUUAAGCCCCUUUUUUAAAAAUUCAUUUUCCCAUUUUCUGCCCUCUUACACUUGCUGGCGUUGAGGUUCACAAUCUUGUACACGGUUAGCCCUUAAAUCAUUCUUUGUGAUGCUCGUUUUUCGAACUCCAGAAGCAUUCUUUGAUUUUCUCUUUGUUGCAUACCAUCUGCUGAUUGUAAAAGCAUCUGGUGAUGUACUAGGGUUCGUUCCCCUAAAGAUGUCAUUAAUCGGUUCAGUAUCCAUUUGAGGACAUUAAACCCCACCACCAGACCCACUAGUAUCAAUAAUCCAUAGAUGGCCAAAUUAAUCAACCACCUUCCCCAACCAGGUAAUGCCCAACUCCCCCAUUCCCAGAAUGUUAUGGGAAACGUCAGGUAUGUAUGUACAACACUCUUAGCCAAUUAGUGCACAGGUACCACCUUUCUCUGCCAGAAUACAAUCGAGAGCCAUCCUAUUCUGAAGAGUCGUUAGCCUGGUGGCAAUCAUUUCGGUCGUUAUGGCUGCCACUUGGGAUUGAGUCUCAGCCAACGCAUCAGCAGUAUUGUUGGCCAACUCCUCCAGGGAAGGCGCCAACUUUUGUAUUUCUCUUCCUGCUCGGGCGGUCUCAUACAUAGGUAUCAAAGUCCAAAGGAAGCGAUCCCCUUCGGUUACUUCUCGGGGUGUCCGCAUCCCUCCCUGCCCAUUCUGAGUUAUUUCUGGGGUUUUAUCUAACAGCCUCAGAUGGGGGAUUACAUAGGCGAGGUAGCAACAGCCACUCCAGCCUUUCUGACUUUGAGACAGUGUUAGAUCAAAAUCAUAACAUUGAUGCAUUUCUUCGCUUCCUGUGCAUUCGGUCACCUGAAUGUACCUUUCCCCGGGGAUAAAGGGAUAGGCCUCUAGGCCACAUAUCCAAUAUGUCCCGUUCAAUAUGUGGGGUACAUUUGUGCCAGUAGCUUGGCUGGUGGCGACACAAGAUGAGUUUCCUAACUGGAAGGGUGCGCUGUUGUUCUGAUUGCAGAAACAAGUGGUAUUGACUGCUCCUUUCGGUGGGGAAACCCUAAGGCCGUCGAUAGCACCCGGGGUUUUCGGAGCUGGUCGUGGGAACCAUCCUGCGAAUUUAUAAUCACCCUUUUCAGAUCUCCAUUUUGUAUCAUUUGAGCCCAAGUCAAAUUGUUGUGCCUCGUACACCUCUCUAUUGGUAAGUGGUAUUACCGUGAGAGGGAUUCCAGAUUCUUCAUGGUGUGGGAUCGCAGCGCAUACCCAACAGUCGGUACGCCCUGUUACUCUAGCAUAAUUGUGACAUAACGCGGUAAAAUGAUUCUUCCCAACCUCCUUGGCAACUAGCGCCAAUAUUAUCGUAACAUAAAGCUGCCUGCUCAUUUCAGCUUCUCAACCCCCCCCCCGCCACCCAACCUGUCUAUUCCCUAACCCUUUAAGUACCCGGGAGGUGUGGGUUCGCGCAACGCGUACAAUACAAAAAAAUUUUUAACCAAUACUUAAAGUUUCUCAUAUCAAUUCAGUUCGUUCUUUCUGCUCAGCUUGACUUUCAGAGGGUUGUCUGUAGGAUGAACUUGCCACUCUGCCGGAGUGGAAGGAGUGUUCACCGGACCCUUAACACGAGUGUGAUGACUCCACCCUUUUCCAGCAGUUCGGACAGCUGUUUCAGUAGUCAGGAGGGUCAGGAACAGUCCCUCCCAGCUUGGGCGUAGUUUGGUAUGUUUCCAGGUUUUGAUCAGGACCCAAUCACCCGGUCGUAUCCGAUGUACUGCGAACUCAAGUGGAGGUGUCUGGGUCAACAGACCCUUCUGCCUAAGGACAGGCGAAGAACCGAGCGCCACAAUAUAGUUCUUUAAAAACUUAUCAUUGAACUCUACAGUUGGUAAUUCCCCUUUUCCACCCAAGAAAGGUAAUCCAAACAUCAUUUCACAAAGAGAGAGGAUAUAGGGUAUUGUCUAACCCGAACCGUCUCAUCUUUUCGAGUCUCAUCUUUUCGGGGUAGUAGUUAGGUGCCCUGCGUUAUCAGCUCUCGCCCACACAUUGGGACUGAUUUGUUGUUCUUCCCUCGGCGUUAAAAUAGCCAUUGUUACAGCUACCGCACUAUUCUCUACCCCAAUUUUUAAGUCCAGCAAUAUAAUCAAAUCCCUACCCAGUAAAUUACUCCCAAUGUCGGGAAUGUAUAGUAAUUGUCCUGUCACUUCCUUAUCAUUGUUUCUAAUUAGGGUUGGCUCAAAAAUAGGCACUGGGAAUCCUUCGCCUUUUACUCCGGAAACGCUGAGAUACUCGUCAGUCAAUUUAACACUGGUAGGUAUAAAACUUAGGGAUGACCAUGCCGCUCUGGUGUCCACCAAAAAUACUGCCUCCUCCCCUUCAGGCCCCACCUUUAAGUGUAUCAAGGGUUCCCGGUGGGCCUUAGGAGGAAGGAACCCCUGACUCCCCUAAUCCUCAUCGAGGGCCAUUAGGGAGACCGUUUCCCUUUGUCGUGUUAACUCUGGGCAUUCCCGCUUAAAAUGUCCCACUCUUCCACAAUGGUAACAUCCUGCCUGUCGUCUCCCUCGUCUAGUAUCUGCCUCUUCUUUUUUGUGUCUCUCUCCGCCUUCGUAUUCCCUGUUCAACUCUUUCUUUCUUUGUCACUUCGUUAAUGGC